AUAAGUUAAGAGUAAUGGCUAGAUUUAGUCUACAACUCCAAGGCUUGAUUUCUUUGACCAUACUAACAAUUCUUUGCUCUUCUAUGGCCGGAGAAGGAGAGAGUCCCGCCAUCGGAAUUGACCUCGGCACCACCUACUCCUGCGUCGGAGUGUGGCAGCAUGACCGUGUUGAAAUCAUUACCAACGACCUGGGCAACUGUACCACCCCCUCUUACGUCGCUUUCACUGACUCCGGCCGCUUGAUGGGCGAUGCAGCCAAGAACCAGGUCACCAUGAACCCCAUCAACACCAUCUUCGAUGCCAAGCUUUUGAUUGGAAGGCGAUUCUCUGAUGCUUCCGUUCAGAGUGACAUGAAGCUAUGGCCAUUCAAGGUUACUUCUGGACCUGCUGACAAGCCCAUGAUUGGUGUCACCUACAAGGGUGAGGAGAAGCAGUUUUCUGCUGAGGAGAUCUCCUCCAUGGUCCUCAUUAAGAUGCGUGAGAUUGCCGAGGCUUAUCUCGGUUCCACCGUGAAGAAUGUUGUUGUUACUGUGCCAACUUACUUCAAUUAUUCCCAGCGCCAGGCUACUAAGGAUGCUGGUGUCAUUGCUGGACUCAAUGUCAUGCGUAUCAUCAAUGAACCCACUGCUGCUGCAAUUGCCUAUGGCCUUGACAAGAUACCUACCAGUGUUGGUGAGAAGAAUGUUUUGAUUUUUGAUCUUGGUGGUGGUACUUUUGAUGUCUCUCUUCUCACCAUUGAAGAGGGUAUCUUUGAGGUUAAGGCCACUGCUGGAGACACCCAUCUUGGAGGUGCAGACUUUGACAACAGAAUGGUGAACCAUUUUGUUCAGGAGUUCAAGAGGAAGAACAAGAAGGACAUUAGUGGAAACCCAAGGGCUCUAAGGAGGUUGAGAACAGCCUGUGAAAAGGCAAAGAGGACUCUCUCAUCCACCGCACAGACCACAAUUGAGAUUGAUUUAUUGUUUGAAGGAGUUGAUUUUUACACCAUAAUCACUCGUGCUAGAUUUGAGGAGCUCAACGUGGACCUCUUCAGGAAGUGUAUGGAUCCAGUUGAGAAGUGUUUGAGGGAUGCCAAGAUGGACAAGAACAGUGUCCAUGAUGUUGUUCUUGUUGGUGGUUCUACCAGGAUCCCCAAGGUGCAGUCUCUAUUGCAGGAUUUCUUCAACGGGAAGGAGCUUUGCAAGAGCAUCAACCCUGAUGAGGCUGUUGCUUAUGGAGCUGCUGUUCAGGCUGCUAUCUUGAGUGGUGAGGGUAAUGAGAAGGUUCAGGAUCUUCUGUUGUUGGAUGUUACUCCCCUUUCCCUGGGUUUGGAAACUGCCGGUGGUGUCAUGACUGUUCUCAUUCCAAGGAACACAACAAUCCCAACCAAGAAGGAGCAAGUUUUCUCAACUUACUCGGACAACCAACCUGGUGUCUUGAUCCAGGUGUACGAGGGUGAGAGGAUCAGGACCAGAGAUAACAACUUGUUGGGUAAAUUUGAGCUUUCCGGCAUUCCUCCAGCUCCAAGGGGUGUGCCUCAGAUCACUGUUUACUUCGAUAUUGAUCAGAAUGGUAUUUUGAAUAUCUAUGCUGAGGACAAGACUACAGGGCAGAAGAACAAGAUCACUAUCACCAACGGCAUGGGCAGGCUCUCAACGGAGGAGAUUGGAAAGAUGGUGCAGGAGGCAGAGAAGUACAAGGCUGAAGAUGAGGAGCACAAGAAGAAGGUUGAUGCAAAGAAUGCCUUGGAAAACUACGCUUACAACAUGAGGAACACUAUCAAGGAUGAGAAGAUUGGGUCCAAGCAUUCUACAGAAGAUGCUCCAGAUCCCGCUAUUGGAAUCGACCUCGGAACCACUUACUCCUGCGUCGGAGUGUGGCAGCACGGCUGUGUCGAAAUCAUCCCCAACGACCAGGGCAACUGGACCACCCCCUCUUAUGUCGCUUUCACCGAUUCCGAGUUCAUGAUUGGUGAUGCUGCCAAGAACCAGGCCACCAUGAACCCCAUCAACACCGUCUUUGAUGCGAAUCGUUUGAUUGGAAGGAAAUUCUCUGAUGCUUCCGUUCAGAGUGACAUGAAACUAUGGCCGUUCAAGGUCAUUUCUGGUCCUGGCGACAAGCCCUUGAUUGUUGUCAACUACAUGAAGGAGGAGAAGCAGUUCACUGCCGAGGAGAUUUCCUCCAUCGUCCUCUUCAAGAUGCGUGAGAUCGCAGAGGCUUACCUCGGUUCCACUGUGAAGAACGUCGUUGUCACCGUCCCAACAUACUUCAAAUAUUCUCAGCGCCAGGCCACAAAGGACGCCAGUGUCAUCGCUGGCCUUAACGUCAUUCGUAUUAUCGACGAACACACCGCUGCUGCCAUUGCCUAUGGUCUUGACAAGAAGGUCAGCGGUGAUGCUAAGAAGAACGUGAUGAUUUUUGACCUUGGUGGUGGUAAUUUGGAUGUGUCCCUUCUAACCAUCGAUGUGGGUUUCUUUCAAGUUCAGGCCACUGUCAGAGACUCCUGUUUUGGAGGUGAAAACUUUACUAAAAGAUUGUUGGACCAUUUUUCAUGGGAAUUCAAGAGAAGGCAGAAGAAGGACAUUAGUGGGAACUCGAGGGCUCUAACAAAAUUGAAGACUGCAUGUGUAAAAGCAAAGAAGAGUCUCUCAUCUAGCAUCAGGACUACCAUUGAGAUCGAGUCACUGUAUGAAGGUGUUGAUUUUUACUCAACAAUCACUCGUGCUAGAUUUGAGGAGCUCAACAUGGACCUCUUCAGGAGGUGCUUGGAGACAGUUGAGAAGUGUUUGAGAGAAGCCAAGAUGGACAAAAAUAGUGUCCAUGAUGUUGUCCUUGUUGGUGGGUCUACCAGGAUCCCCAAGUUGCAACAACUGCUGCAAGAUUUCUUCAACGGGAAGGAGCUUUGCAAGAGCAUCAACCCUUGCCAGACUGUUGCUUAUGGAGCUGCUGUUCAGGCUGCUAUCUUGAGUGCUGAGGACAAGAAUACAGGGAAGAAGAACAAGAUCAGUACGAUUGCAAAUGACAAGAAGGAGAUUGAGAAGAUGGUGCAGGAGGCCGGGAAGUGUAAUUCUACCGAAGAUGCACCAGAUCAACACUUGAAGGCACAAGUAGAACAUGACACCUGCCAUCAGAUUACAGUACCACCCCCAAGUUUAAGUUUACAGUCCUUCCCUUCCGGAAACUUCGGCUAUUAUUUCAAAUCUACCAAAAAGGCUUCGGAGGAGCUUUUGGAGGCACUAAAAGAUGAUAGCUGCUAUGUAAUUGGAUUGCACGGAAAGAGGGGCUCUGGUAAAACUGCAUUAGUGAGAGCUGAGAUGCACAAUUAUAAAAAGAUUUUGGCUUAAUACAUCAGAAGACCCCUGAAAUUGUAAAGGGAAUCAAUUCCAGGGCCUUUUCGCAUCAAAUUGGGUCCCUAAGAAAUUUUUUUUAAUUCAAUUAAAGUCAAAUGCUGCCAGACCUCAAUUUUGUCCUA